CUUCAGUUGCCCGGGGUGCGCGAGGCGAGCAACGUUGCAGUGAUUAGAAAAAGCCACCAAAAAAAAAAAAAAGGUAUUAUUGCAAUUUUAUUUCCUUAGGCGCUGCUGCAACGCGAGAGAGCUUAGCCUAAGACCAACAACAUGUCCAUCCUUAAGGUCUACGCCCGUGAAAUCUUCGACUCCCGCGGGAAUCCCACCGUUGAAGUAGACCUCUAUACCAACAAAGGUCUCUUCCGUGCUGCUGUUCCCAGCGGAGCUUCAACUGGUAUCUACGAAGCCCUGGAACUCCGUGACAACGACAAGACUCGCUUCCUGGGGAAAGGUGUCUCAAAGGCUGUUGAGCAUGUGAAUAAAACAAUUGCACCCGCUCUGGUUAACAAGAAUGUAAAUGUGGUGGAACAGGAAAAGAUUGACAAGCUGAUGAUUGACAUGGAUGGAUCUGAGAACAAGUCUAAAUUUGGUGCAAACGCAAUCCUGGGUGUGUCUCUUGCGGUGUGCAAGGCUGGUGCGGCGGAGAAGGAGGUGCCCCUGUAUCGUCACAUUGCUGAUCUGGCAGGAAACAAAGAAGUUGUUUUGCCGGUGCCGGCUUUCAACGUGAUCAACGGUGGCUCUCACGCUGGGAACAAGUUGGCUAUGCAGGAAUUCAUGAUCCUUCCUGUCGGGGCAGAAAGCUUCAAGGAAGCCAUGAGGAUCGGGGCGGAAGUGUACCACAACUUGAAGAAUGUUAUCAAGGAGAAAUAUGGCAAGGAUGCCACCAACGUGGGUGACGAAGGAGGCUUUGCCCCCAACAUCCUGGAGAACAAGGAAGCUCUGGAGCUGCUGAAGAAUGCCAUUAGCAAGGCCGGCUACACGGAUAAGAUCGUCAUCGGAAUGGACGUGGCGGCUUCUGAGUUUUACCGCGAAGGGAAAUAUGACCUGGAUUUCAAAUCCCCGGAUGAUCCUAGCCGAUACAUCUCUCCCGAUCAGCUGGCUGACCUGUACAAGAGCUUUGUCAAAAACUACCCAGUGGUUUCCAUCGAAGAUCCCUUCGACCAGGAUGAUUGGCCAGCCUGGAAGAAGUUCACGGCCGAAGCCGGGAUCCAGGUGGUGGGUGACGAUCUGACGGUGACCAAUCCCAAACGCAUCAGCAAAGCUGUGCAGGAGAAGUCGUGCAAUUGUCUUCUCCUCAAAGUGAACCAGAUCGGCUCCGUCACCGAGUCGCUGCAGGCCUGCAAGCUGGCUCAGUCCAACGGAUGGGGGGUGAUGGUGAGCCAUCGCUCCGGAGAGACGGAAGAUACCUUCAUUGCCGACUUGGUGGUUGGUCUCUGCACAGGACAGAUUAAGACUGGUGCUCCUUGCCGAUCCGAACGUCUAGCUAAAUACAAUCAACUUCUAAGAAUUGAAGAGGAGCUGGGGAGCAAGGCCCGUUUUGCCGGCAGGAAUUUCAGGAACCCCCGAGUCAACUAAAAAAAAAAAAACGUGGCUGUCCCAGGACACGAGGCUCAUUAGAGGAAUACGUUUAGUCCCCUCUUCCCCCUUAGCGCCUGCGUCGUAGCAAAGGAAGGGCAGCUGACGGAAAUGGUUCAAUGUUUGCAAUCCUGUAAAUCUUUUCUCUCCGCUCCCCAUGCCUCCUUUCUCUCCAGCUGUUGCUUUUCAAGAAACAUGGGGGUGCUUGUGGGGAGGGUCUCAAGGCAAGGACGGUUCGCUCAGCUUCUCAUUGCUGGGGACCUGGGAAUGGAGAACACCCCCCCCCUCUUCGAAUUAUACUGUAAACCAUUUUUUUGCUGCCUUCGCUUCAGAUGCUGUCGGUUGUUUUUUUUCCUUCUCACUUUGUUGCUCCCCCCUCCUAUCCUCAACUCCUAUCCCUCCCUCCCCUUUAGUGUAUGAAAAAGAUUUGCAAAGCCAUCUGAGCUACCUGUUCACCCCCUGAAAAAACCCCACCACCCCAGAAAUUCUCUUGUGAGGCAAAUAAAAACAGAGAAGCGUU